CAUGCCUUUCACUGAAAGACCGGAAGCACAUGCUGGCGAGCUGCUGCUGAUGUUGUUGUUAUCUGUGAAAUGUAGCUAGAAAACUGUAGCGAUUUGUGUGUAUUUUUUUUUAGAUUAAAUAUAUUUUACGUUUGCGUAAAAAGAACACGGAGAAUGGCAGCCACGGUGGCUACACCAGUAAACCCCACGGAACACGACCCCGACCGGUGUGGGAGCGAGGAGGAAAACCGCGGGGCCGAGGCGGAGGAGGAGAGCAGCCCGCAGCAGACAGGCCCCGCUGCUACCGUGACCCACAGCCGGCUGUCCAAACUCCCGCUGGCCCGCAUCAAGGCGCUCAUGAAGACCGACCCGGACGUGUCAUUAGCCAGCCAGGAGUCUGUGUUCAUCAUCGCUAAGGCCACGGAGUUGUUUGUUGAGAUGAUUGCCAAAGAUGCCCUGGUGUAUGCUCAGCAAGGGAAGAGGAAAACUUUGCAAAGAAAAGACUUGGAUAACGCAAUAGAGGCCAUAGAUGAAUUUGCAUUUCUUGAAGGCACACUGGAUUAAACACUGCCUCUGAAGACGAAUAUCUGCACCAUCCAAAAACAUUAUGUUACAUGGACAUGAUUUGUUGUGGAGAGCUUUGUGGUACUUUUUUAAGUCAAACUCUUAAAUUGGACAUUUAUAAAUGCUUUUCUACAGUGUGCCAUUAAGAUUUUUCAUGCUUAACUUUGAAGACAUCAGUUGUAAUGUGUAAAUGUUUUGUAAAUAUUUGUGAAAUUCUACUGUACAAUUAAAUAAAUUUAAGUUUUAAACAGCCAGUUUGCUGUCAGAAUCAAACAGUUGAUCUCCAUCAUUAUCUUCAUUUAUUACCCUGAAUUAUUUUUAAAUUUGCAAUUUGCAGGACAAAUAUUGUCCUUCUGUCUGGUCAGUAUCAUAAUACAAGUUUAGCAAUGCUUGAGACUUUCCACAAUCAAUGUGCUGUACAAGUGUUCAUAUACAUGUAUAUCUUCUGUGCACCCAUUUCCUCAGCUUGUGUUGAACUUGUGUUGCUGAAAGGAAAAAAGUAUGCAGGUUUUUAGUCUCAGUAUUAUUUCUGUGCUUUCCUGUAUGGCACAAUAAAGUGUUUUAACCAUUUAAAAACAACAAACCUUUAAAACAUAAUUUAUUAUGGCGUGCUGAGGGUGACACUCCAAGGUGCUGAUCCUUGGACCUCCAGGGAUGCAGAAGUUGUCCAGGGAACUGCUCUUAAGGGACUCAUUAAGAUGACUUUAUUUUUGGAAACUUGACAGUAAAUUCUUCCUUUUUUAAAAAAAAAAAUAAAAAUAUUUCAUCACAUCAGGGCACCACUGUGGUUUUUUCUUUGUCUUAGUCAUCUCGAUCCGGCUAAGUAACUGUUAUCUGCUAAUAGUAAUUUUGAUUUCCUACCUGGUAGGUCAGUUGUACCAAAAGAUAGCGACACAAAGUAUGUGUUAAAAAAAUAACAAUAAAAAUGAAAAAUCAGAUGAUGACA